ACACGAAUACAAACAAAAUUGUGAAAAAAAUUAACCUUAUCGUAUAACUGUCUAGCUGUCGUCACUGUAGUGUUCAAAACUAAAGUAAAUAAAGCACAUUUUCCACAUUUUAUAUAUAUAUAUAUAUCUUAAACAGUCUCUUACUAAUUUCUCUAAGAAAUAAAUAGUUAACAAACGGGAUGCUUUCACGAAGCGUAUCGUUAUUUACGACAUUUGUUUCUACUUUCCAGCCUGCAUUCCCCAGGCAUUGGUUGCUAGGUGUUUUAGCGUCCCAUCUGUGUACCGUUGCUAGCUAAUGGCUAGGUGGCUAAUAUCAUUGUAGGUGAAUCCCACAAGCCCUGCUGAAUAUGGAUUGUAUACGUUUCAGUUGCGGAUAAAAACAUUUAAAGCGUUAUAAUCGUAUAUUCACCAACUGCACGAUGUGCGAAUAAGGCUCUGCAGAAUACAUGCCGGGAUUACUAAAGUUAUUUAAUGGGAGCAGAAGUCUUUGCUGUUUUUAGGUGUUUUAGAAAGUCUUGGGCACUCACAUGAGUUCCAGGGAGUCAGCCAAGAUGGGGGACAUCUUGGCUACUGAAGCCAAUCUUCUUGGAAUGAUCAAGGAGUACCUUAAGUUUGAGGAAUUUGAAGAGACUGUUCGCAGUUUCGACAAGGAGUGCAAAAGCAAAGGCAAGCUCGUCUCAAAGCCUCAAGGAAGUACUCUCAGAGACUCAAAGACUUGUGCCAUUCAGAAAGACCUCCUUAGCGCUUUUGAUGAUGGAGACAACAAGGUGUUCUUUGAACUGUGGACAGAGAAUAUUCCCUCUGAAAUAAAAGACACUGACGCUGAGGCCCAGAGCCUGGAGUUCCACCUUCACAUCCACUUCACCAUCUACCCACUGAAAGGGCACCCUGGUAGACACGACCAGGCAGAGUUUGAGGAGAGGAUUUCCCACUUCAAACAGUACCUGGAGACUCAGGGAGCAGCACUGAGCCAGACCACAGAGUUUCUGCCUUACUAUGCCUUGCCUUUUGUUCCCAACCCCACUGUCCACCCCUCCUUCAAAGAUCUUUUCCAGGAUUCCUGGAUUCCACAGUUGAAGGAUAAGCUUGAGCAGUUUCUGUCUGUGACACUGAAGCCGUCCAACAGCCCAAGGCUGCUGAAUUUAUAUAAGGAGGGUGGAAGAAGUACUAAAGAGGCAAUGCAGCAGUUACAGCUCCAACUGGUUGAGUCGGACCGCCGCAUCACCAGCUACAUGCGGAAGUUCAACAAGAUGCAAGCCGACUACCACAACCUUAUUGGAAUCACCGCUGAGCUGGUUGACUCAUUGGAGGCCACUGUCAGCGGAAAAAUGAUUUCCCCUGAGUACCUGCAGUCUGUGUGUGUUCGCCUGUUCAGCAGCCAGAUGAGGCAGAGCGUGGUGCAGAGCACUGACUUCACCAGGCCUGGCACUGGAUAUUGCUCUAUGAGUCCCUAUGAUGAUGGCUAUGCCUCCUCAAUGCUACGAGCCUCCAUUGCACCACAGAGAUCUAAGGAAGUGCCAAUGCUGCCCUCACUGGACUAUGAGAAGCUGAAGAAAGACUUGGUUGAAGGUUUAGACCGACACCGGUCCCUGUUGCUUCAGGCGCUGCGCUGGAGACUGACUCGCUCACUCCCUGGUGAGCAGAGAGACACGGUGCUUCAAGCCUACAUCAGCAAUGAUCUCCUGGAACGCUACUGCACAAAACAGAAAACUGUGCUUCAUUUAAUGAGGUCAAAGAACGAGAUUGUCCGACAAUACAUGGCUCGUCUCAUCAAUGCAUUUGCUUCCCUCGCAGAGGGUCGGGUUUACCUCUCUCAAAUCCCCAUUCUCCUGAAACUUCUGACAGAGGCACUCAGGAAGGAGGAAAAAGACUCCCUGACUAGAGAGAAUGUGCUAGUAGCUCUGCAGAAACUCAGCCUCAGGAGGAGCCAGCAGACAGCCAUGAUAGCGGAUGAUCUUAUUGGCUGGCUGGUUGAUGAGCUGCACAACUCGGACUGUCUGAGUGACUACACCCUGGAGUAUUCUGCAGCUCUGCUUAUGAACCUGUGUCUGCGAACAAAAGGAAAAAGGAAGUGUGCAGAGAACGCCAAGCAUGUGCUAAAGGUUCUAACAGACCUCCUCGGACAUGAGAACCAUGAGAUUCGACCAUAUGUGAAUGGAGCCCUGUACAGUAUCCUGUGUAUUCCCUCUGUGAGACAGGAAGCCAAAGAGAUGAGUGUCGAGGAAAUUCUUCGCUGCUACAGCAAAGAGGAGAACCCGGAUCUCAACAGACAGAUUGAAUUCAUCAUUAAACAGCUGAACUCAGCUGAGGAAGAGGGGCCAGAGUCAGAUGAUGAAGAGGAAGAGGACGACAAUGAUGAGGAUUUAAUGGAGACAGACCUAGAUAAAGAGGAAGUCCUCCAGCCACAGCCUAGGGAACUGUCUGGAGAGAGUCUACUCACCACUGAGUAUCUGGGAAUUAUGACCAACAUGGCAAAAGUGAAAAGGAAGUCGACCCCUCUGCCACAACCAAGUGUUGAUGAGCCCCUACAACGGCCUGUGACCCCAGGUUCUCAUCGUAAUGUCAACGCAGUGGAUUACAGACCUGGCAGUCAGGGAGGUGAUGGUAGCAGGGACAGGGAAUACCCUCUGAGCAGACAGAAGAGUGAAGAAGGAAGUCUGCCUACUUCCCGAUACAACUCCCGACCUCCCACACGCUCUGGCAGUCGCCCCAGCACUGCUGACUCAUUACGUCAUGGCAUCGACUCAGAAUGUGGCCGGUUGUCUCAGGAGUCAGAGUUGGACAGACAGUAUGAGAGCCGAGCCAGAAAAGGACGUUCCCAGGAGGAACACAAUGGACACUCUGCCAGCGGUGAUUAUAUCCCUGCAUUUGAAAGCCAGCCCAAGAUUCCCCGGACACCUGACGCAGCAGCCAGCCAGAGCAGCACUCACCGAGGUCGAGGCCUGGCUCUGGCGCCCCAGUUUUCCCAGUCGGAGCCACAGCAGAGCAGCCGGCCAGGCUCUGCCAGCUCCGCAGAAGGAGGGGCACGACAAAGUGGAAGCAGCCAGUCAAAGCGGAGGUGAAGAGGGAGCUGUCACCAUGGAAUAGCUCUAUCUCCCCCGGAGCAUCGGGCUUCCUGUAACAUCAUCCCCCCAGGUUGUGAUCAGGGUCAGGGCAACAAAGAUGGUUGAGGAUCAGCAGCAGGAGGAGGAGGAAGAGGGGCUGGUACAAUGUGAAGGAUUGUGGCCCUGCAUUUUUUUCCCUCUUUGGCUUCAGCACAGACUUCUGUAACAUAAUAUGAGGUCAGACAAUAAUCACAGCCCCCAGCCAGCCAGCCCUGUGCACCUUUUAGCCUCAUUUGGCCCUGAAUUUCUCCACUCUCUCAUCAAGGUUAUAGUGGGUACAACUAAAUAUGGGCAACAUCCUGCAGCUAUGACAGAAUUGUUGUGUAACAAGAUGCUGGUGUUCUGACUCGAAAGUGUAACUCUGAGUUGGUGAUCACCUUUUUCUCCAUCUGCCUACUGACUUAUCAGUUUUCUGACUUAAGCACAUUCCUUUCAUUACAUCAGCAGUCCCAUAGAAAGCUUCUUCAGGGAAUGAACCCUAUUUAGACUUAAGCACAGUACGGUUUUACCCGUUUUAGAGUUUAGGAAACCUGAUACGAUGAGGUAAGAUAUUUAAUUAUUUUCAUGAUUAUCACAAACUUUAAUUAAUUUAAUAUGAGUCGCACCGAGGAUGUUUUUUGUACAUAUGAUUUGAAAAGAAGUAACAAGCUCCUUUGCAAAGUUCUCAUCUUGAUUCAUAAAUCAAUAAUCCUCUGAAUUUCACUAUGUACUGUAUAUAUCGAUUUUUGACCACAGUGGGAAAUAUCCGUCCACAUGAAUAAAUGAUUGUACCAGCUUUACAUCAAAUAUAAAAACAUUAGCUCGUAUCAGAGUAGCUGCUCUUGUUUAACUUCAGAGAUGUUUACAAGAAUGACACAGGUCCUGACAUGACUCGUCAGGCUAGUGCAUGGUUUUAAAUACUUUAAGAACUGCUUAUUUCUAUUGAUGUACACCACCAUAUAUACAACAUCUGAGAAAAAAAAACUUGAAUUUGCAUGAAUGUCUUAAAUCCAUCAUUGUUUCUAUUGUACAUUUGCACAGUGUCCAGUUGCUGUGAUGUAUAAUUGUUAGCUGCUACAUUUUUGUUGUAAUGUAUUUUGAUAGUAACUGAUUUCGAUAUUUUUUAAGUGAUUUUAAAUAAAUGUGUGAAAUUUCA